GCCACUUUCCUAACUACAAUACGGAGUUUAGAAAAUAUUGAGACUUGGGCAUGCUCAAAUUUGGGGCGCAGCAGCGCAAAAAGAAGGAUAAUAAUGACACCGUCAAACUGAGAGGAUCCCGUCCAGAUAAUCGGGGUGAUAAUGGGGAUGACCGUCCUUCGUCCGUGGUAUAUAGUGGUUCAAGCCAAAAUAAUCAGAAAAACAGAAGACCAACUAGUUAUAUCGGGAAUAGUCCUACACCCGGAGAUACAGAUGAUGAAAGAGAAAAUACGCUAUCGUCGUAUGCUCCACACGGCUUCCACGGGGUUGGCCAAGACACGGUUGUGAGGCCCAGGGCCGUUACCGAUGUCACAGCAUUUAUCGGUCCUCCACUGAAACCGAGUUUGAAGUCUGUAUCAUCUUCCCCAAAUUUUGAUCAAAACCUAGGAAAGAUGAAACUAGAUAAAGACAAGGAUCGCUAUUCAACAGCUUUCAUAUCUGGAGAAUCUUUUCGAAUACCUUUGUCUGUACUCAAUGAUUGGUUUGCUUUGAUAAGAAACGACACUAAUAAAGAUAAUAAAGCUCCUCGACUGAAGAUAGUAAAUCUCGAAACCCAGGAACUCCCUCCUAAUUUGGAGGAGGAACCUCUUGACCCUCCAGCAGCUAGUGGUUAUCUUCAUCCAUUUUCAAAUGAUGGUAGUUUUUCUGGGCCUGGUUUAAAAAGGAGAGAAUCAUCACCUGCGUCUUCUCAUGCUAUACGUGAAAAAGUUUUGAGCAAGCAGUCACACGAACAGUCUGAAAAGAAGAAAUUUGGUCGACCACGAUCACCAAGAAAUAAAACUCACAUCGGAAUCAGCUUUGAUCCCCUUCACCCUUUUCGCACCAGUGACCCCCUUCAAGAUGUCGGUCUUCAUCAUAUCCCAGCAAUAAGUAAAAAAGCAUCAUCAAAUAACUCAUCAGGCCGAUCUUCCCCAUCAUUUUUUGGUUUUGUGAGGAAGCGUAAUAAAAGUAACUCACAACGAUCCCCCUCACCUCAGCCUCAACUAAAAAGCCCCACUCAAGAUACAGUUGACUCAGAGAAACUUCAUAAAGGUCUUGUGGCACAAAAACGUAAAGAUUACGAAGAUACUCUGAAAAGGAGUCAAAAAAGGCCCCAAAGUUCCUCGUUUUCUUUAGUUGAGUUGUUGGAAAAAGAGCAGAUUAGUAUAAAUCAACCUGAUUAUGAAGAAGGUUACCAAGGCCUUGUAAACAGGUCUCGCACAGCUUUCGAAAAAGGUCCGAGGUCACCUGUUGCACAGAGAAGAUUUCCAGCGGAAAGUAAUAUCAAGAGAAUCAAUUCAGCUCGUCCUUAUUUUGGAGCAAGUCGUGAUCUACAACAGCCAAGUCCUCGCAAUCCACCUAGAAAAGACAGUGGUGAACAUCCAUCUAUAGAAGAGGAAAGUUAUAUAUAUGCCACAGUAAAUAAACCAAGGACUCCGAGUAGCUCCUCUUCAACUGGAUUUCAUAGUCCUGCAUUUUCACCUAGCGUCGAUCAAAUUGAUGAUCCCUACUAUCUGCCAAAUGAUUGCAUGAAACUACGUUCUGAUAGUUCUCCAGCACAUAUCAGCCAUACUCCAGAUCGUGGUAAUAGUUUUGAUUCAGAAGAAACUGAUCCUUAUACUUACUACAAACCUGUAGACUCCGUUGAUAAUAUUAACCAGUUGGAUCAAGCUGAUAAAUUUGCUAUAGGAUUGGAAGAAGAACUACAAGACCAAACUGACAUUUUGAAUUUACAUGAGCAGUUUUUUAAAACCUACGAGAAGAGCUUAAGAGAAUCAGAAGAAGCAGAAGAAUUAUUGAAUAAGAAAGACACAAAGUUGAAAUCUAAACAUUCUUUUUUGAAGAAGAUAAAGGGAACCUUAACCCAUCAACCACCCUCAGUUGCAACUUCACCUCCGGUCUCAUCACUCAGACCAGAAUCACCACAACUCACUCAGCCCAAGUCACCUAGACCCCAUCAGAGACACUCACCUUCGCCACCCCCCAUAACAAAAACAGCAGCUUCACCGGUUCAUAGAGGACAGGUAUCUACCAAUUUAACAAGAAAUCUUAGUGCUCGGGAACCUAAUCAAGCAAAGCAGGAUUCUCUACGAAGAAUUCAGAGUGAGAAACUCACUCCUGAAAACGCAAUAAAAGCCAGACAGGGCCGAACACCACCUCGUUCCAGCAAUCCUGAACCGGUUUAUUCUGUACUCGACAAAAGUAGAAAAAGAUCGCCUGGCUCACAAAGAUUCGACGAAGACAACGCAAACUGGGUUCAUUCCAAAGAAAACGAACAAGAAAAUAUGAACAGAAAUAAACAACCCUCACUUCCUGUGCCGAGACGACAGCCUGAUGUUCCAAACUUUGGAAGUUUCGACAAGAGCUUGAUUAAAAUUCACCAAGCAAAUGGAUCUCUCAGUACUGUUAAAUAUGCUGAUUCUAUUGAUAUCAAGGGGAUCAUUCAUGCACUUGCUAAUCGUAUACAACCAAAUGGAUUGUUGUAUGAAAAUAGUUAUGCAUUGAGAUUAAGACAUGAACCAACUGGAGAAGUACAUUGGCUUCAUUCCAAUCUCACAAUGCAAGAAGUUACAGAAAGAUAUGGACACCUUCAUAAUCCAGAAGACUGCAGAUAUGAACUUCGUGUCCGUUAUCUACCGAAAACAUUGCAAGAUCUUUAUGAUAAAGACAGAACAACAUUUAUUUAUUAUUAUAACCAGGUGCAUAUGGAUUAUUUGGAACAAGUGGCUGAACAAGUUGAUCAUACAACAGCCAUACAACUUGGAUGUCUGGAGAUUCGGAGAUUUUUCAAAGAUCUACCGCAAACUGCCUUUGAGAAGAAAUCAAAUUUUGAACUUUUGGAGAGAGAAGUUGGUCUCAGCAAGUUUUUGCCAAACAGUGUAAUAGAAGGCAUCAAAACAAAAGAAUUACGUCGACUUAUUGCUAAAGAAUUUAAAUCAAUCUCAGCAUUAUCUGAAGAAAGAUGCGUUUUCAAAUUUUUUGACAUUUUAAGAGGAAAAACUAGAUUUGAUCACGAAAUUUAUAAAUGUGCUCUUGGGACUGAAUGGAGUAUUGCAGUUGAGAUUGUUAUUGGACCAGAACAAGGAAUAAGUUAUUGGACAACGAAAGGUUCAUCACCUACUGUGUUAGCAGAAUUUCAUCAGGUUCAAUCCAUUCAAACUUCAUCAUCAACAGAUCCAACAAAGAAAGGAACUCUGCAACUACGAAUUGAAGGAACAAAUGAGCCACUGACCAUUACAACAACAUCGUUAUUUGAAGCUGAAAAUAUUGCUGAUCUAAUUGAUGGAUAUUGUUGUAUGGUGAAUAAUACAACAAAGAGUUAUAUUGUCAGAUCUUCAAUGAAUAAACGGGAAUUGCCUCCACCACCCAUGGAAGGAGGACCUGGACCGCCGACUGUAGAAGCAAGUCCUGUACGUAGCCUGUCUAGAAGAAUAAAUAAAGCACUUAUGUCAUCUGAAACCGACGAUUACGCAGAGAUCACAGAAGAAGAUCUUUACAACAUGCCAGCAAGAUACGAUUAUGAAAUACCAAGAGAAGAAAUCACAGUUGUCACCACAAUUGGAGAGGGACAAUUCGGAGACGUGCACAAGGGAAUAUAUAUAUCUCGUGACAUACCGGUCGCGAUCAAAACAUGCAAAUUCAAUGGAACAGACGGGCAGGGUGUUGCUGAAAGACUUUUAGAAGAAGCACAUACUAUGCGACAGUUCGAUCACCCACACAUUGUCAGCCUUAUCGGUGUCUGUACCGAUCAUCCUGUAUGGAUCGUCAUGGAAUUCUGCAAAUACGGAGAAAUGCGUUCUUAUCUUCAAACUAACAAAUAUAACCUCGACAUGGUAAUGUUAACACUGUACACGUAUCAACUCAGUCAGGCUCUCUGCUAUCUCGAAAAGAAGAAAUUCGUUCACAGAGAUAUUGCUGCUCGGAAUAUUCUUGUAGCGGAGCCAAAUUGUAUCAAACUUGGAGAUUUCGGUCUUUCAAGAUAUAUCGAAGAUCAGAAUUAUUACACAGCCUCAAAAGGCAAACUUCCGAUCAAAUGGAUGGCGCCGGAAUCGAUCAACUUCCGGAGGUUUACAACAGCAACCGACGUGUGGAUGUUUGCUGUGUGCUGUUGGGAGAUUCUUAUGAUGGGAGUAAAGCCAUUCCAGGGAGUCAAAAAUAAUGACGUCAUAGGCAAAAUCGAGAACGGUGAAAGAUUAGCGAUGCCAUCUACAUGUCCUCAUGAUAUGUACACACUCAUGGAAAGAUGUUGGUCGUACGAUCCAGGAGACCGACCCUUGUUUUUUGAAAUUCAACAGUCAGUUGGUGUCAUAUUGGACAGACAACAACGCGAACAAGCCGACAGAAUCAGAUUUGAGACCGACGGACAGACAUCUCACGACGAACCUCCACCAAAACCAAAUCGACCUGGAUUCAGUCAUGGUGGACUACAAGGAAGCCCUCGAUCUAGUAUCAAUGCUCACGGAUCCUCCAACGGCGCUGUUCCCGGUUACCCCAGGGGAAUGCCAGCGGUUCCGCCGAAACAGAAAAUCAUGACAACAGAGGAACUGACGAAACACGAGGCCCAAGAAAAAUUACGUAUGAAAGAAAGGGAUGACGCCAUGUUGCAACAAAGAUUAGAUCAACAACAAAGACAAGCCAGAGAAAAUGCAAAAUGGCUUCAACAGGAAGAACAAAUGCUGUUUACGUCGUUACAGAAUCCUGAAAAUGCGUCAGCAAACGGCGAAGACUCUGCCUUAAGUCGAGGAAGAGGCAGCAACACAUCGUUAACAGAAAUGGCCCCACCACCACCGAGCGUCGCCCCAUCCAAGCCCCCUAGGAAAGGAUCAAGGCCGAAAGACGAACCGUCGGGUCCACCACAAACCAAGAUUCAAUUGGAAGAAGUGAAGACAGCUCCCACAAUGCAACUCAACAGAGACGAAGACGACGUAUAUAAACAUACGAUGGAAGUUGUUAAAGCUGUACUAGGAAUGAAUAACAUGACGAUGAAUGCGAAGCCGGACGAAUUAUUUGCCAGUGUUAAGACGGUCGGUGCCGCACUCAAACAGCUUUGUACAAGCCUAGAAAAAGCUCUGCCUGAAUUGCCUGAAGAUUUCCACAGAGAAAUCGACAUGGCACAGAAGACGACAAAUAAAGAUUUAUCACAAGUUAUAAACCAAUUGAAAUUGGUUCAAAGAUUUUUUGCAACAACACAAGUAGUGGAAUACAAAAAAUGUCUUAUGGCCGCGAAUCAGGUGCUCGCCAUAGACGCUAAAAAUCUUUUGGAUGUGGUGGACCGAGCACGAAUCCGGAAAAUACAGACCGCACAAGAAAGAGAAGCCCGAGCUAAAGCGCAAGCGGAGGGUGACGUCAGACACGGUGCGGCAGUGCAAAGCCCGACCGGAUACGAACCGGAAGAAUUGUAUCCGGAUGGAGAAUUUUUGUAAAUCAAAAUGCAAAUACAACCUAGUUAUCACUUGGUUGCCAUAAGUGCAUCGAAAUGCUCCGGUUAUCCGGUUGAGAAUCGCAAGAAAUCGCUUCCGCCAUGAAGCAACGAACGUUGAACAGCUAUCACUGCCUAAGAUACAGCAGUACAGAACACUGAAAAUAUCUGCGAAAAAUCAAACGAAACACUGAAUUUUUUUCUGAAAAGUUUUAUACGUUGGUAUCAUCGUCGAAAGACUUCUUCGCUUCGCGAGUAAAUGAUCUAUUUUACACCAAUAAGUAUAUAUAAUAUGGCAAAUGCAAAAUUUAUCAUAUAUCAAGCACCGCAAAAAUGACGAAUUUCGAUUUCUUGAAUUUCUAAAUAAAAGUAUUGAGAAAAACCAUAUUUUUUGAAUACAGUUUUUACUAAAUUCUUUGAAAAAAUACCCAAAUCAUCUUAUGAACCCCAAAUUUUACGACGCCCUUCAACCAAAUCUAACAGAAUUAUGUCACCUUAUGAAAAUUAUUAUAGUAUCGUUAUGCUACAACCGGUUUAAACUAGUUUAAACGAGCAUGUAACGCGUCUGAGUUCUGAAACAUUGAAUGAAACGCAUUCCAUGUUGUUGGAUAUCUCAUCUAUUGGUUUCUAAUAAACCAGCAAUUUUGAAAGUUUUCUGUAUCUAUUCCUCGUGUUCCAUUAUCCCAUUAUACACUAUACCCAAUCGACUCGAGUUUUAUGGUGUUUUUUUUUUUCAUUCAUCUGGGUUAACUCGGCAGUGCCGUAAACCAAGCUUCACACGAAGAUAUCUUGUUAAAAAUAUAAAUAUAUUUCAAAUGGCUGGUAUAUUUGCAAUGUUCACUUUUUUAUUUACUUCAACUAUACUGCAGGCCCUAUUCAAACUGCCCAAGCCAUUUUUUCUGCGCUUUUCUAGCCUUUAUGGUUUUACGAAAAAAUGACUUGCACGAAAAAAUGAAAAGCAUAUUACUUUUGAAAAAAUUCUGUGGAAUAUAAUAAAAAUUCACAGUAUAUGUAGAUUGUACUGUACUCUCAAUAAAUUAUGGAAACCGCCUUAUUUGAGCUUGUAAACUAUCAAUGUGAUCAAAUUUGUUCCUAAUAUAAUAUGUUGAAUCUUGACUGCUGCUGCAGAUAUUUUUAUAUAAUUACAUGUUCUUUACCCAGAAAAUCAAGCGACCAAAUUACUCGGAAAACAAGUAUUUUUUUUUUAUUAACUUUUGAUGAUUUUUUGUAUAUUUAUUUUGCCUUUAUCGUUUUGUUUCUUUUAUCGUCAUAUUUUUCUCUAUUCGCGUUAAUCUUGAUUUCUGCUCUAUAUGUAACUAAAUAACAAAAAUAUUAAUUUUUUUCACUUUUUUCUCAUUUUCUCAACAUCCCACGCAAGCGAUCUAGUUUUUUUGUUGUUGCUAUUUUUAACUGACCAACCAUGCUUGAUCUAGUGUUGUGCGCUAUUAAAUGUGCUUUCCUAUCGACUUACUUUGAUCAAGUAUGAUCUGGAUAUAUGUCGUUUUUUUUUCUUUUCGUAAAUUGAUUGUCUCAACUUGUUCUCUGCGAUCAAGUGAUAUUAAAUUUGAACGAUGCUACGUUAAAAAUUUGUAAGAUUUAGUCUGAUUUCUGAUCAUUUCGAUAAUGUUCACAUUCCAUAAUCGAUGGGUUAACGAUGAAACGCUUGUGAAUUUUACACUUUUUUAACGUUUAAAAAUUAUUAUCCAAAGUAACGGCUUGGUAGUUUGUGCAGUAAACGAAAGACCAGGCAUGUACUUGACUUGUAUGAUCUUUGAUAAUAGUUUUUAAUAUUGCAAAUGUUAUUUCUGCUCUGUAGAUGCAAUGAACAUCGAAAAUAUAAAUGUUUAUGAGAAA